AUGGAAGGUACCGCAGUACCUUCUCAAAAGAUUUCUAACCAAAAUGAAAAUUCCCCACUUUAUAAAUUCAUUGAAGGCCAAGCAAAACGGUUCGAAGAGUUUGGGGAUAAGAUGAGCUUGCAAUUACACACAUUAUAUCAAGAAUGUAAUAAAAAACAAACCGAAACUUUGGGAAAGAAUCUAACUGACCUUGAAAAUGUUUGUAAAACGUAUCAAAAACAAAUAGAUUAUCAAUCAGAGUUAAUAGAUUAUCUAAUAACUCGCAUCGAAAAUUUAGAAAUUUAUGCAAGCAAGAGAGACCAAGAUAUUAAAAAACUUCGAGGAGAUUUUAAUUAUUUGCUUAAAGUUAAUAAAUUAUCUAUAGGAGUUACCGCUAUAUUAGAUGAAAUUGAAGAUACGAGUACGAGAAGGGAAUAUGAAGGUUCGAGUUUGGGAGAUAACGUUGAAGAAGACGAAUAUGAUUGGAACAGAUUGAAUUCAAUCCUCGAUGAAUCAGCAAAUGACUCUCCUUUAUAUUCUACGAAUAACCUUUCCUCCCCUUCUUCACAAGUUGGUUUAAAUGAUCAAGAAGAUCAGGGAACUAUUUCUAAACUUGAAGAGUUUCAUGCUCAAAUUAUUACUCAAAACAAAACCCUCGAUAUUAAAUUACAUCAUCUUAAAUCUUUUAGUAAUUCUUUGAAGAGUGUUGAUUUAAUUCGAUAUACGCAGAUGAGUAAUUAUAAAUCGUUAGAUGACGGAACUCAAAAUUUAAUAAAAACCCUUGUUAAAGAAAAGUUAUCAGAAGAAGAUAUUAGACCUCUAGGAUCAGUAAAUAAUGUUACCAAAAGUAUGUUAUCAAAAGAAUUUAAACGCCAAGACGAGGAAGAGGACGAUAAAGUCGAAGAAUCACCAAAGCUUAAUCAAUCAGUUGCCACUUCUUCUCAAUCUACUCAAAAAGAUCAAGAUACUACACCAAAACUUCAACAACUUCAUUUUCAAAUUCAGCAAAUAAUUGCCAGAGGAAUCAAUGGUCAAGUUAAACUAAAACAACUCAAGGCUUUAAAUGAUUCCUUUACAACUAAUGAACUUGUUCAAUACACAAAUACUAAUGAUUUUAAUUCUUUAAACGAACAACCUAAAAGUAUAAUAAAUAUUCUUAUUUGUGAUCUAUUAGUUAGAGAAUUUAAGAUGAACCCGGAAGUGUUUUUACAAAAUCCAGAAGAGUACAUCAAGAGAAAUGUAAUUCCAGAAUUGCCAGCAGAAUUUACUAAUUAUACUGAAUAUGCGAAUCGUUCGUUGCUACAGAAAAUUCUACAAAUUAAAAUACUCGCGGAUAAUAAUCUGGACGAAUUCGAUAAUAAAGAUAUGGCAAAUUAUUCAUCACCAUACAGCGAUUAUAAUAAUGCAGCUGUUAGUUCAACUUCAUUUGCAACUUCUGAAGAUUCGGCUAAUAUUAUUUUAACUGACAAAGCAGAUAAAAAUUCAAAAAAUAUAUCAACAUUCCAUUUAUUUGUUAAACAAUUAUGGAUUAUGAUAAAAAGGAACGCUAUUUUACAAGUUCGAUAUUAUAAAUCAACUUUAGCUCAAAUUGUAGUUGGUCCCAUUCUAUUUUUGUUUUUGCUUUUUAUUUUACAACGAGCUGAUAAUCGUCAAAGAUUACAAUCAAUCCUUCACCCUUUGCCCUAUUCACUUAAUGGAAUUAACCCUUGUCAAGGACGCGAUGCAACUUCCCCGUGUAUUAAUCUUAUGUUCACUCCAGAUAAUGAUGAAAAUCGUGAAAUUUUAUUGAUUUUUUCCACAAACAAUGAAAGAAGGACGGGAAUACCUUUACCUUUUGAUAAUGUUUCUUUGGAUAUAAGUAAUGUACCAGGUUCAAACCUUGGAAUGGUUCCUGUAUCAAGUUCCGAUUUUAUUUAUGAUUACACCUUGCAAAAUCCAAAUAUUACAAUGUUUGGAAUCGAAUUCACUACGGUUGAAGGUCCUCCAAAAAAUUAUCGUUAUCAAAUUUGGCUUAAUAGUACUUUAAUGGCAAAUAAUUCUGAUGUUUUCAGCGAACAAGUUUUAGCUUUUCAACGUGGAAUCGAUGAAGCUAUUGUGUCUUAUGAAUCAAGCGAACCAGCAACGAGUCCAGCACCUGCAACAUUUAAUAUCAAUUUAAAAGAUUGGCCAAAAGUUCCUCCAACACAACUUGGUAAUGAAAUUAUUUCACGUUUCGGGGCAACGUUCUUCUUUUGUGCAAAUAUGAUCAUUUUUAUUUCAGUCCUUAAUACAAUCGUAGCUGAGAAAGAAGCUAAAUUAAAAGAUAGUUUGGUCAUGAUGGGAUUAAAAGUUGAAGUGUACUGGUUAAGUUAUUUCAUCUCCAAUGCGUGGCUUAUGGUUAUUUGCUCUUUAAUAACUUGUUUAGGUGGUCUUGCAUUUGGAUUCUUCGUUUUCAAGAAUUCAAAUUUUGCUGUUCUUUUUAUAACUUUCCUUCUUUUUGGUUUGGCAAUGGUUGCAUUCGGAUUCUUUAUCACGACAUUCUGUCGUCGUUCUCGUGUUGCAGUUUUAGUUGGUAUCUUCCUAUUUAUCACGGGGUUGCUCUUUGAAUCUUUUGUAUUCUCCAACGAAUUCGUAGGAUAUAUUUGGUGGGAUGUUGGAACGAAUAAAGCCGGUUGGCUCGUAUUAAUGUUUGUUCCAUUUUUCAAUUUUGGCAAAAUUUUCUUGGAUAUUUCGAAUUUAUCUUCGGGAAAACUUGAUGUUCUAACCCAAACAUUAAUUCCUGGAUCUGGUUUUAAGUGGAAAAAUUUAUAUGAAAAAGUUGAUGAUAAAUUCUUACCAAGCUAUAACACAGAACACUUGGAUCUUAAACCUGACGUACCAGCUCCGAUUCAAUCUUGGUACUUCUUAUUAAUGAAUAUAGCAUUUUACGCUAUUCUAACUUGGUAUUUUGAUAAAGUAAUUCCCGAUGAAUAUGGUAAUAGAAAAAGUCCUUUAUUCUUUUUAACGCCAAGUUAUUAUGGAAUUAAAUUGAGGAGUGAUUUUGAUUUGCAAAGGUGGUUAAAUCGUAAUGAAUAUUCAGGGGUUGAAGAUGAGGAUCAGGAUAUUGCAAAAGAACGUAUUUCAGCUUUUAAUCCCGAACAUGAUGCGGCUUUACGUAUUUGUAAUUUAAGAAAAGUUUAUAAACAAUCAAUCUUUUUUAAAAGUAAAUUAGAUAAAGUUGCUGUCAAGGAUUUAUGCUUAACAUUAAAAGAAUCAAAGUGUUUAGCACUUCUUGGACAAAAUGGUGCUGGUAAAAGUACGACGAUUAAUAUCAUCUCUGGCGCCGCAAGGGCCACUUCGGGUGAUGCACUUAUUUAUGGAUGUAGUGUUAAAGAUGACAUUGGUAAAAUUCGUACUAUGAUGGGAGUUUGUCCUCAACAUGAUAUUUUAUUCAAUGAUUUAACUGCGAGGGAACAUAUCGAAUUAUACGCUGGUAUCAAAAAUAUUCCUGUCGAAGAAAUUCAAAAAUUGGUCGAUGAACGUUUAGCAAGUGUAAGGCUUACAAAGGUGGCCGAUAAACUAGCUGGUGGGUUUAGCGGUGGUAUGAAACGUCGUUUAAGCAUGAUCAUUGCUACAAUUGGCGAUCCUAAGAUUCUCUUCUUGGACGAACCCACAACUGGUAUGGACCCCGUAAAUCGUCGUUACGUAUGGAGUUUUAUUGAAAAAUUCAAGCGUGGACGUGUAAUUAUUCUCACAACUCACUCUAUGGAGGAAGCGGACGUUCUCGGUGAUCGAAUUUGCAUUAUGGCUCAUGGGAGCCUCCGCGCGCUUGGAAAUUCGAUAAGAAUAAAGAGUAAAUUUGGUGGUGGUUACAGGGUAUCCUUAGUAACGAGAAUUGAAGAUAGCGCGAGAUUAAAACGAUGGAUGGAAAAUAUAAUUCCCGAAGCUACUUUAGAAGAUGAUUCGGCUGGAUCUUUAUUAUAUGAAUUACCAAAUUCCGCUUUACCUAAAUUACCUACUUUAAUCGACUGGCUUGAAGAAAAUGAGGAAAAAAGUGAUGUUGAACCCGAAAAGAAAUUGCUUAAAGCUUGGGGCAUUAGUCAAAAGUCUUUAGAAGAAGCUUUCUUGAGAUUGAUUCGUGAUGCUAAUUCUGAUGGACAUGAUCAUGAGAAGACAACAAAAUAG